CUUCCUUUUCCGUUCUGCUUGCUUUUUGCAGGUUGCGGUUAGUAUUUCUCGGGCCGUAUCUGGGGAUUCGGGGGGAAUCCGUGGUAAUCCACGGCCAAGUAGCACCUGGGAAUCCUGGGCCUGGAUCAAGGGUUCCAGCCUCGCUCUCCGCGCCUCGUCGCCAUGCCUCGCAAAAUUGAGGAAAUCAAGGACUUUCUGCUGACGGCCAGACGAAAGGACGCCAAAUCUGUCAAGAUCAAGAAAAAUAAGGAUAAUGUGAAGUUCAAAGUUCGAUGCAGCAGAUACCUGUACACCUUGGUCAUCACAGACAAAGAGAAGGCAGAGAAGCUGAAGCAGUCCCUGCCCCCAGGUCUGGCCGUGAAGGAGCUGAAGUGAACCACGCAUGCUGAUUGGAACUGUAUUAAAAUUUUUAAAAUUCUCAA